CAGACUUCCUCUUUCUCUCCCUCUCUCUGCAGAUCAAAUAGUGCCCAAACCUCAGCAGGAAAAAUACUACGCGGUGAGAAAAUAUCUGCAACACUUAUUCCUAAAAUUGUGUUCACUUUCUUAUUCAAAUAGGAAAAACGGCAGUUUCAAGAUUAAAGAAAGCAUCCACUCAUCUCAGUGUAUGUGUAUUGUUCGGAGAUGGUUCUGUGAGAACCGAAGCUGGCAAUCAAAAUUCAUUUUCAACACUUGCUUUGCUUGAAAUGUGUGGCAAAGGGAUAAAAAAUUGAUCUUGGAGGUGUUGCAGCCUUGAAAUUGGUGAUAGUUUAGAGAGAGAAAUGGGAUCUGGAAACGGGUUUUACUCGGUUGCAGAGUUUGAUUUGGACCCGAAAUGGUUGGUGGAUCCGAAGCUCCUCUUUGUAGGGCCUAAGAUUGGAGAAGGAGCUCAUGCCAAAGUCUAUGAGGGAAAAUACAAGAAUCAGAAUGUUGCUAUCAAAAUUGUUGAGAGAGGGGAUACAGCUGAAGAGAUUGCAAAGAAGGAGUCAAGAUUUGCAAGGGAAGUUGCAAUGCUUUCCAGAGUACAACAUAAGAAUUUAGUUAAGUUUAUUGGAGCUUGCAAGGAACCUGUGAUGGUUAUAGUGACUGAGCUUUUGCUUGGUGGGACGUUGCGAAAGCACUUGAUCAACCUGCGCCCUAGGUGCCUUGAUAUACGGGUAGCUAUUGGAUUUGCACUUGAUAUAGCUCGUGCAAUGGAGUGCUUGCACUCCCAUGGAAUCAUCCACCGUGACCUUAAACCUGAAAACUUGCUCUUGACAGAAGAUCGGAGAACAGUCAAACUUGCCGACUUUGGUCUCGCUAGGGAAGAGUCGUUGACUGAGAUGAUGACUGCCGAGACGGGAACCUAUCGCUGGAUGGCCCCGGAGCUGUAUAGUACCGUCACACUAAGGCAUGGAGAGAAAAAGCAUUAUAACCACAAAGUGGAUGCUUAUAGUUUCGCCAUCGUGCUAUGGGAGCUCAUACACAACAAGUUGCCCUUUGAAGGAAUGUCGAAUCUGCAGGCGGCCUAUGCCGCAGCUUUCAAAAAUGUACGGCCAAGCGCGGACGAGCUUCCAGAGGAAUUGGCUCGAAUAGUGACCUUGUGUUGGAAGGAAGACGCCAACGCUCGCCCCAAUUUCACUCAGAUUAUACAGAUGCUUUUGCAAUAUCUCACUGCCAUCUCUCCACCCGAGCCGGUCAUACCGCACCACGUCUUCAGAAGCACUUCAGCGACAAAUGCGGUCUUCCCGCCCGAGUCCCCCGGGACGAGCUCGCUGAUGGCGAAGAGGGGCGAUGUGGCAGGCACGCCGACGACAGCAAUGGAAGACGAGCCGAGAGGACUUUUCUCCUGCUGUAGAUAGUGGCGGCGUCUCGAUCGAUUUCCGAGCUCUAGCCGCGUCUGCAUAUUCGAUUUCAGAGGUUGUAGAUUAUGGAGGUUUAGGUGUUGUAGUGAAAAUUGUGCAGUCCAUCCAAUGGUCUUUGCAUUGAUUUGCAGUUUAGAUCAUACAUACUAUAUUAGUUGUGCUACAAUUUCUAACAAUGCAGCUCUAAAAUAUACAUAAAUUGUUGAGUUGAUAUAUUAAAAUGUUCAGUUUGAA